CCGAAUUCACUCUCUCUGAACUUCCUUGUAAAAGCACCCGUGCAUUCCCCGUUAUAAGAUAGAUUGGGCUACAGGCGCGGGGACCAUGCCCCUACAAGCCCCGAUGGCGGUAGCGUCAUUCCAGACGCCGAUGCCGCAACCAUCGCCUUUCCAACCCCAGUUAGUCAGCGCCAUGGCCCCUGUCAACUUGGCCGGUGCACUAAACGCUGCGGGGCCAUCGCGUCCCCCGCAAACUACGCAAAUCACUCCUCACGGUCAUUGCGUCUCGAUUGAGAGUGAUGACGGCGAGUGGGACGUCCCGAGGGCCCACAAGAAGAAGAAAGGAAAGAACAUCCGGCCAGCGACCUCCCGAAACUCCGCCUUCGAAAGGCUGGGGGAUAGGGAGGAAGGCCAGAGGAAGUCGGCCAAGCAGAGGCUGGGGCAGAGCGUUGCCCAUGUCAGCGCAUUCGCCAGGCUAGGCGAGGUGCGGGAGGCCGAGCCUGCCCGCACCCGGCGCCCCCGGUCUAACCGGCAGGAGCCAGCGAGGACGAGGGCCUCCCACCAAGAGGGGGAGGCAGAGAGCCAGCCCAGGUUACCGGUGACGAACCGGUUAACCAUCCCAAACGACCGCGUGCAGCAGAUGGAGGCAAAGCUGGAGAAGCUGGAAAAGAAGGUCGGGGAGAAGAAUGACCGGGAUAAACCCCUGGCAGGGUCCCCGUUUACCACAAGGGUCCAUCUAACACCUUUCCCGCGAAAGGUCAAGAUCGACGCCCCCAGAUUCACCGGGAAGGAAGAUCCGGAGAUCCACCUGGACUCCUUCAACCAGAGUGCGACCAUGAACGCCGGGCAGAGGGAGUGUGAGAACCUCACUCAGUUCCUUACCCGGUGGAAGGAAGAGGUAGACAAGGUGGAAGAGAUGGACGACAAGACCGUCCUCUCCCUCCUCCUGAAUGGCUUGCGUGCUGGGGAACUAUACAAGGAGUUCUGCCGGAAACCCCCAGCCACGUACCAAGAGGCCUACCAUACUGCAUGGGAGUUUGCUGAAGCUGAAGCCCAGCUCCGGGCAAAGAAAGAAGCUGAGCAUGGUCACAAGCCCAAGCCGGUGCAAGUCAAGAAGGAAGAAGCACCGGGACCUAGCCGGCCGAGGCACCACUAUGACCCGGUCAUCCGAGUGGUCAAUACAGAAGAAUGCCAAGAAGUCCGGAAGGCACCGGUCAUUCCUCCAGAAAACCCUACCGGUCAAGUAGGGCGGCAGUGGUCGGGGACCUAUUGUUCGUACCACAGAACUGAUUCCCAUAACACCUCCGAAUGCAAAAGUGUUAAAGGGGUCAUCCGGCAGAUGAUCGACAGUGGAGAGCUGGGCAAAGAUUACUUGCAGAAAGCCCAGGAGAAGAGUCAUCAGUGGGUUAGGCCAAGUACCCCGGGGAAUGACCGGGACAAUGACCGGCGGAGGAAUAAUCGGCCAAGGGAGCGGCAACCUGCCCCCGAAAAAGAACACAUCGGCAUGAUCUUCGGCGGACCCGAGGGUGGAGAUUCAGCCGCGCAGCGGAAGAACUGGGUCCGGAGCAUUUACGUGGGAGAAGUAAGUGCCGAACCGCCCAAGCGUAAGCAUACUAGGAGGGAGCCCAUCGUCUUUACUGACCGGGAUCUCCCUCCUACCGGUGAAGAUCACAAUGAUCCAUUGGUCAUCACCAUGGACAUUAACGGGGUGGAUGUCGCCCGGGUACUUGUUGACACCGGCAGCAGUGUCAACAUCUUGUACCUGGAGACCUUCCAAAAGCUCAGGUUGUGUCGAACGCAACUUGAACCCCUCAAAACCCCCCUCUCUGGCUUCACGGGGGACACCGUUGAAGCUGAAGGAUUCAUAGUUCUACCGGUCGAACUAGGGUCAGGUGAAAAGACCGUGUGGAAGAAGAUGCGGUUCAUAGUGGUGGACAUCAAAUGCGUCCACAACGCAAUUCUAGGAAGGCCAGGCAUCAAUAAAGUCGGGGCGGUGAUUUCUAUGCCUCACCUGUGCAUGAAGUUCCACACACCUGGCGGUGUGGGUGAGGUGAAGGGCGACCAGAGGAACGCCAGGGAGUGCUAUGCCCGGGCAGUCAAGAAAAUGACCAGAGGGGUCAAUGUCAUCUCCCAGGAGAUCACAAAGGGAGAGACCCGGGAAAAGCUGGAACCCGAAGCGGAGACGGUGGAAGUCGAACUUCACCCGGGCGAUUCUUCGAGGAUGGUCAGAAUUGGAGCAAAUCUCCCCGAAGAUCUCAAGGAGCAGAUUACACGGGUCCUCCGAGAAUACGCGGGCAUAUUCGCAUGGAGCGUGGCGGAUAUGCCCGGGAUAGAUCGCUCUGUUAUUUGCCACCGGUUGGCCGUGAGGGAGGGAAGUCGACCGGUACGCCAAAAAAAGCGGUACCUGGCCAGUGACCGGCGAGACUUCGUCAAAAAGGAAGUGAAAGAUCUCCUCGGUGUUGACUUACCGGUCAACAAGCCCACUGAGCAAUGGUGGGAGAUGGCAGUUGACGGGGCAUCCGGUCCUAGAGGAUACGGGGGUGGUGUCGUGUUCACCACCCCAGAAGGAUUCAAGAUCUACCAUGCAAUCAUCUUCAACUUCAAACUGACGAACAACGAGGCAGAAUAUGAAGCUCUGGCUGGAGGGCUCAGACUUGCCCAAGCCCUGAAAAUUAGCCGGGUCAGUAUCAAAUCUGACUCUAGCCUGAUAGUAGGCCAGGUGACCGGUAACAUGGAAGCAAGGGAAGGACGCAUGGCACAAUACAAGGACCUUAUACUUGCCCUGUUAAAGGGCUUCGAAGAAUUCAAGAUCGCCCAAAUUCCCCGGGCAGAGAACGUGGAUGCAGACCUUCUCUCCAAGCUAACGCAGUACGCUCCCGAGCAUGUUUCGAAACUUGCCCGGGUGGAGAUCCUUGACCGGUCAAGCAUCGAUAAAUUGGAAGUCGGCGCUGUAACUCCCGGAAGCCAAUUUGACCGGUCAAACUUGGUUGGGGCGGACGACCAUUGGAUGAGUGAUCUGAUGGAAUAUUUGAUGGAUGGGAGCUUGCCGGAACAAGAUGACCGGGCAAGAAAAGUGAAGCUCAGGGCACCCCGAUUCCAGAUUCUUGAUGGAAAGCUGUAUAAGAAGGCAUUGGGGGGGGCCACUCCUGAGAUACCAGCGACCUACUAUCACCCCGUAUCGAAUGUCAUCCCAUUCGCUAGAUUCAGGGUUGAUAUCAUUGGGGCAUUCCCAGUCGCCCAUGGAGGGAAGAAAUUCGUAAUCGUAGCCAUCGAUUACUUCACCAAGUGGAUCGAGGCCGAAGCGUUGGCCAGCAUUACCACGCAACAAUGCAAGAAAUUCAUUUGGAAGAACAUCAUCACGAGGUUUGGAGCGCCCAUAAACCUCAUCACCGACAACGGCCCUCAAUUCCGAAAUCCAAGAUUCACUGAAUACUUGGAGGGCUUCGGGAUAAAGCACAAUCGUUCCUCGGUAGCGUACCCCCAGGGGAAUGGCCAAGUGGAAAACGCCAACCGAACGAUUGUGGAUGGUCUGAAGAAACGGCUGGGAGAAGCGGGGAACAAAUGGCUGGAAGAGCUCCCACACAUCGUAUGGGCAUUCCGAGUAACACCCAGGAGGGCUCACGGGGAAACUCCAUUCUCCCUAACCUAUGGGUGUGAAGCGAGGCUGCCCAUCGAAGCUGAAUUCCCCACGUUUCGGGAGUCAAAUUAUCAACCCGAGCGGAAUGAGGAAGACCACUUGGCCGAACUCAACUUGGUCGAAGAACGGAGAAUGGCCGCAGAAGUCAAAAUGACCGCAUACCAACAAGUGGUGAAGAAGUACCAUGAUAACAAGGUUGGGCCGCGGUAUUUCCAGGUUGGGGAUGAAGUCCUACGAAGAAGAGAAGCAAGUAGGCCCGGCGACGGAGGAAAGCUAGCAAAAAACUGGGAAGGCCCGUAUAGGGUUAGAGCCCUUGUUCGCCCAGGAACCUACCAGUUAGAAACUCUUGAAGGGGUACCGGUAGAAAGAACUUGGAAUUCCCAUCAUCUUCGCAAGUUCUACAAAUGAUUGUAAUACUAGGCAAGGCCUACUUUAUUAACAAGCGAAUCGAUGAUGUUCAAUACCCUGUUUGGUAGCGGCAGGAUUGAUAGG